AUGGGUUCGCUUGCUGUCAAUCGACCUGUCAAAGGCAAAUCUGCAAUUGUUACCGGAGCUGGAAGUGGCAUCAACUUCGAGUUCGCAAAAAUCCUGCUCAACAACGGCUGUAACGUCUUGAUCGGUGACGUUACUCUACGACCAGAAGCGCAGAAGCUCGUCGAUUCGUACAGCAAUACCACGGAUGGUCCGAAAGCCAUUUACCAGAAAACAGAUGUGUCAUCCUGGAAAGAUUUGCACGCUCUUUUCAGAACGGCAGAAGACCAAUUCGGCACAUACGAUAUCGUCUGUCCUGGCGCUGGAAUAUUCGAGCCACCUUCUUCCGGAUUUUGGCACCCACCUGGGAGUGAGAAGUCGAAGGAUGAUCCUUUUGGCGACCGAUACAAAUCCAUCGAUAUCGAUUUGGUGCAUCCGAUCCGAGCAACUCAACUAGCCAUGUCGCAUUUCAUGUCUUCGGAUCCACCUGCAGGUCCAGACAACAUGAAGAUUGUGGUCCAUAUUUCGAGUAUUGCUAGUGAAAUGGUAUUCGCGCCUGUACCCUUGUAUGUUUCCAGCAAAUGGGGUCUGCGAGGGUUCAUUUACACCAUGGGAGAGCUAGAAGAGACACGACAUAUUCGAGUGGCUGGUGUCGCACCUGCGAUUGUUAGGACUCCCCUCUGGUUGGAAAGCGAGAAACGAAAUAUGAUCUUGAUGGAGGACGGAACUGUGCAAAGCGAGUGGGUGACACCAGUGGAAGUCGCCGAAGUGAUGUACAACAUUUGCGUAGCCGACGAGAUGACCAAUUCUAGAGGAGAGGCAGUAUCUCUCAAGGGUGGAAGUCUGGUAGAGGUCGUCCAGAGUGAUGUGAGGGAUGUGCCGGUAUAUGGCAAUCAGCCGCCGGGAACGGGCGGUGAUACCAGAGGUCUGAUGAUGGCAAACGUCACGCAGGCCUGGAAAGACAUGAACGAUGCAGUUGGACCGAACUGGGGUAGAGUGUAA